CAUAUUAAAAGAAAUAAAUCUUAUCAUUAUAUUUAAUCUAAGUGUAAGCCUAAUCAAUUUGUUUUAAGUGUGAAACUAAAUUUGAUAUAAAGGUAUAUAAACGACAUCAAUUUGUUAGAUGUUAUAGCAUAAACUUUUGAAGUUACAAUAUCAUCAUGAGUCGUUUAAUAUUUAUUGCUGCUCUUGCUGCGUUUAUCUCCCUUAAUUUUGUUUACGGUAAAUCCGUCGCUAAUAAGGGACCUUCCUUCGAAAUUAAGGAUGGAAAUUGCACCAAUGCAGUCUUAGGCGAUGUAGUACAUAAAGAUCAUGUACAUAGAUAUCCAGUUCCGUUUGUUAAAAGGGAUGACAAAUCUCACUGGGCAGGAGAUAAGAAGAUUUACUGCGUUUUAGCCCUAAGUCAGGAAUCUGAAUCUGAAGGGUCCACCGUUGAAAUUAAAGAAGGAGGAGUCGGUCACACUUUUGUUACCUUGAAAAUAAAAUCUAAGAAAAGUCAUGGCUACGAAUAUAACAUUCAAGUAUUUGCAAAAUACGACAACUAAAAUGCAUUAAAUAUUGUUGUUCUUUAUGAAAUAAAAUUUUAUUAAUACAAAGUUUACAGUCUUUAGGUACAAUUUUAAAUACAUUUUUAAAUAUUCUCUGUAAAGUAUUAAUAUAAAAAUACAUUACUAAAGAUCUUUAAGUACUCUAAAAAGAUAUUCCAAUUCGAGAACAGUAUCUUCAGGUAAAUCAGUGCAAUGUACGGCAUUCUUAUAUUUAUCAACACCAAACAUAGCUCUUAAAGUAUUUGGCCGAAUCUGCUUAGCAAUGUCAGUGUCCAUAGGUCCGGUAAAUUUUCUAAAUUCAUCGUGUACAUUUGUUUCGCUCAUUUUACCCGCUAUUUCUAACACCACGCAAGGUCCAUUAAGAUAACUCAACAUGAAAGCAUUGUAAUCGCUCACAACACCUUUAUAAACUUCUAAAAAUUCGUCAGCAUUGGCAUUGGAUAAAUACACGAUAUGUGCACCCGUAAUUUUAAAGUGGGAGUUAGUUAUUGUGGUUAUUAUACGUCCUAGUUUGCCUUCUUGAAUAGCGUGAGGUUUAAUUAAACAACACGUAGUAUUUUCAAACUGCGCUAAUGGUUCCGGAGUGUCGUCUCUAUUAGAAAAAAAGAAUUCCAAUUCUGUAACAGCGUCUUCAACAGUUAGUGAACCGUGAAAACCGUUAGUAGCUUCGCUGUCUUUACCGUAUAUUGCUCUUAAACUGUUGGGCGCAACUUUCUUUGCUUCUAUAGGAUGUGCUGGGCCCAUUAUAUCCAUCCAUUUUUGUACAACGUUUUCACCUACCAAUUCUAAUACUAUAAUUGGUCCAGUUACUAUAAAUUCCAAUAUAGCUGGAAGGACUGGAUUACCUUUCAUAUUUGCAUGGAAAUCUAAUGCUUGCUUUCUGGUCAGUUCGCACCUUCUUAGUUUUGAUAUCAUUAUAUUAUGGUGUUCGAUAAUACUUAUAAUUUCACCAAAUUUAUCUAUUAUAUUAGGUUUUAAUAUAGCACAAGUUUUCUCUCUGAAUUUUCCAACAUAGUUUUGGGUACGACAAUCUAAAUAAUCGGUGAUUUUUAUUUGUCUGCCGUAAACUCUAAUUGUGUUACCGACGAACAUGUCUUCCAUGGUUAAUUCCUCCAAUUUCGUGCGUUUUAAAAAUACUCUUCCUACAUCUUUAUCGAACAGCUCUAAAGUAUUGUCAGAUGGAUAAUAUUUAAUAACGAAUUUUUUUAAAAACGAAGCUUUGUAAUCGAACCAUUCGCCCACAAAAUUCAGUCUAUCAGUGUAAUCGUAGAUUUGUUUCGCCAUUAUCCUGAAAUUAAAAAAAUACUAAAAGCCUUUCAACCUGACAAGCGAUACUCCCUCUGGGGGUACAUUUUAUAACAUGUAUGUAACAUUGAAAAAGGAUAAAGAGGAGAGAUAUGGCGAUACUUAAGGUCUGUUCCAACAACGAUCAGAAACUUACACCAGGAUUCUGAUGCUAAGUUCGGGAUGUGGACUCCUUUUACUCUUUUAAUUGAGUUACAAUGAUUUAGUAUGGACUGAAGUUAGUUAUGGAGUGAAAAGAGUAAAAGGAACCCACAUUCUGAACUUAGCAUGAACAGUAGAUAAUUUAACGGUCCUAAUAACAUACUGCGCAAAAUCCUGGUGUUAGAACAGACCUAUAAAGUGUCCGCUACUUUGUAUUACACUUUUACGUCAUGUGUCAAACUUGGGCUAAUGAAACCUUAAACAAGCACUUGUAGUAUCAAUUGGUCGCCAUUAUUUUGGUGCUAAGCAUUUUAGUUACGGUUAGAUAGGUAACUGUCAAGCUUUGUUUGGUUGUAUCAGUUCCCCUUCCAUUACAGUUUUACUUGGAUACUUUGACAAUUGGUUCCAGUCAU